GUUGCAGGCGGUGCGAGAGUUGCAGCGAGUGGACCUGCGAGGAGUGCUUUAGAAGAUGGCAUAAUUUUACCUUUUGUGAUCGGUUAUUUCAAGCGAAAGGAAUAGUAAAUCAAACAGUUGGACCGAAGGCAUAAUGACGAUACUGCGAAGUCUACGCGAAUGAACGACAUUUCCGACACAUCGUUAACAUUGUUUUGUUGUUUUGAAGGGCCUGUUGCUAGCUCCGGGAAAUCCUCGCGCUGGCCCGCUGGACUACGGGCCGAGAGAGCUCACAGAUUCAGAGACGGGUGUCGCUUGUUGGUAUCUAUUAUAGGAUUGUAAUGGUGAACUCUGCAUGGUUUUUCCCUUCAGCAAACCAGAGACGAAACCUUUUUAAUCCUUAAAUGGCGGACACUGAAACGCAGAACUGUCAAGAGGCUUGAAGCCAGCUAACGUCAGCUAGUUUAUGUUUACAAGCUAGCCCACUCAACCUCAGUUGAAGAAAUUGGGUUGCGAAGAACUGCUUGGUUCAGGAUUAGCCUCUUUGCUCGUAACCUUUAGCCUGCUAGCCAUUGUUGAUCCAUAUAUUAACUUAAUCUCGCCCGUGGCGCCUUUGUUUCCAUCGGGUGAAGGUCGCAAGUUUAAUCAAAUGGUCUUCCAGUUAAGGUUAUCUCUAACCGAGGGUUAUCGGCUGCUGCCUAGUUUGACACCUUGUGAAGUUGGAUUAUCAGAUUCAAGCUAGAAGUUUGUGUAUCCUGUGUCGUUGCUUUGGGGUGUUACAAAACAGUAAUGACCUCGAAAAGAUGUGAUAUAGCCCUUUGUUUUUCCGUGCGUUCCACUGAGGUAAUGACUGGAUCGGAAGUGCCAAAACCCGACUUAGCUUUUCAUUGUGAGUUGGUUAAAAACAGCGUCAGAGUGUAUUGAAUGAAGUACUCUGAAAGAAAUCCUAUUUUGAUUUUGUCUGGAGUGAGAGGUUUUUGCUGGCCUGUGUGGUGUUGAUCAGGCUUCAACAUUUUUUCCUCUACCAAACGAGGAAACACGGACAAACUGCCACUGGUUGGGGGAGAUCCUCCAAAAAUCAAACUACAAUGAAUCGGUACCUGCCUGUGGCACGACAGCACUUCCUGGGUGCCCUAGCAAGCACCAGCGUGGUGGUAAAAUCCAUAAGUGCUGUGGUGCUACUCCUUUACUUACUUUCAUGGGCUGUUGACACCCCGUAUGCCCUUGGAGUAACCCCAGGCUACCUUUUCCCCCCCAAUUUCUGGGUGUGGACUCUGGUGACUCAUGGGGUGGUGGAGCAACAUGUCUGGGGUGUUGCAGCAAAUGUCGGGACUGUCAUGGCUUGCGGGCGCCUGCUGGAGCCAUUGUGGGGUGCUUUGGAACUUCUUAUUUUCUUCGCCGUGGUCAACAUCUCUGCAGGCCUCCUGGCCGGCCUCUCCUACCUCCUCACCUAUGUUGCAACCUUUGACCUGGACUUCCUGUUUGCUGUGCGUGUGCACGGAGCAGCCGGGUUCCUGGGAGGGGUUCUGGUUGCACUGAAGCAGACCAUGGGGGAUACCACAGUGCUCCGAGUGCCACAGGUGCGACUAAAAGCUGCGCCAGCAUUGGUACUCCUCCUCCUGGCCUUGCUCCGCCUCUCGGGGCUGCUCGAGAGCGCCGCCCCCCUAGCCGCCUAUAGCUAUGGCGCCCUGUCCGGCUGGGUCUACCUGCGCUUCUACCAGCGGCACAGCAGGGGGCAUGGGGACAUGUCGGAUCACUUCGCUUUCGCCAGCUUCUUCCCUGAGGCCCUGCAGCCAGCCGUGGGCCUUCUGGCAGGGCUGGUGCAUGCUGGCCUAGUGAAGAUGAAGGUGUGCCGGAAGAUGGUGAAGAGGUAUGAUGUCGGGGCGCCAUCAUCCAUCACCAUCAGCCUGCCCGGGACAGAUCCACAGGACGCAGAGAGGAGGAGACAACUUGCACUGAAAGCGCUGAAUGAGCGUUUGAAACGUGUGGAAGACCAGUCGGCCUGGCCCAGCAUGGAUGACGAGGAAGAUGAAGAAGAAGACGAGGUGCGGACCGACACACAGCCCCUCCUCCCUUCCUCCUCUGCACCGAAGCCAGUGGGUGGGGCCAUGGGUACCUCCCUGUCCUCCACCUCCUCAUCCUCCUCAACAUCACAGACUGGCGGGGUGCAGUCUGUCAGUGGGGUGCAGCACCCUGAGUCAAGCAUCAUCAGCUUCGAGGACGCAGCGUUGAGAUCGUAACAAAGAAAUGUACAUAUUCAAAUUCAUUCACGCAUCAUUCAGCAUCGCUGGAGAGUAUUCUAGUGCAUUCAGUGUCAUUGGCUAGUAUACUAAUGUAUCCAGUGACAGGAAGUUCCCCCUUGCUAUCACCUAUUGUGACACACACACAACCAACCACAAACAACAUCUUCGACCAGCUCGUACACAAAUGCGUUUGCCCACACAAUCACCAACACGCUUACGCCCUUUUUUCCGGUUUUCAAUGUUGCAGCCAUUGGGAUGGAGACUGUAUUUAUCUCUAAUGGGGUCCAAGAUACAGUUUCAGUUUAUGAUAAAUCAGUUCUGUAGUUCAGAGUAGUUGGAUAUCACAGACACAUCAACCAUCUUCCUUUCUCCCUUUUUUUGACUGAAAGGCAACCAGAGGUAAUUUUACUCUGGACCAGUGCUGUCCAAUGCUUCAUUACGGCAUAUUUUUUUUUUGUAAAUCGUUUGCGCCAGCCAUACACCUCUUCAGAUAGUCUGCUAAACGAGGGACAACUCUUAAUGCCAGAGACCCAUGAUGAGUUCCUAGGUGUUGGUGUUUCAGAAACUCAUGGUGUGAGAGGCUAACUCCCGAUGCUUCAGUUGGGCUAGCACUGAAGCACAGAGUGGAGAACGGGCAGGGUAAUGAAAUUAUUUCUCCAUUGAAUGGUUCUGUGUACGAAAUGCAGAGAUAAAAUGGAUCAAGAACACAAAACACCCAUACAGAACCUGCUGCUGGGCACAAUGACAGCAUCCGGCAAAGGUCUGUGCUGCUGCUUCCUAGAUCUAUUAGAUGAUGCGGUUUGAAGAGCUGAUGGGCGGAAAGGAUAUUUGGACUGGACUACAGUGGACAGCUGCCUGUUCUUUUGUUGCCUUCUGGGACAAUUGUCUGGGCAGGCAGAUAAGCUGUCUAUGUUCCUAGUGAUUUUUUUCCCCUUUUCUGUUAUUAAUUGGUGGCGAAGAAUGUUGACAAGAGCAGGACAUUAUCUUUCUCUCUAAACGGGGGGGGGAGAACGGCAGCGCAUGGCUUAUUUAAUCCUCCUGUUGUUAGUAGCUUAUAGUCACAGUGUGCAAACGUGUCCAUGAGGACAUGAUAAAAGUUUUCCACAAACAGAUUUGUGGAUGAUGAUGAUGGCAGUGGUGAUGAUGCAUUUUCCUGUUGCUGUUUUAUGAGUGGUAAGCUUUUUCCUCUGAGGUCUUUUUUUUUCUUUCAUUUUUUCGUUCUUUCCAGAGUCAGUGUUUGAGAUAAGCACCAACACUGUUACUGCGGCCUCAUCCUGCUGUCUUCUCCCCAUCAUGUACCCUUGUUCACGUCAUUCUGAAGGGAAAUGGAAUAACCUGAUCAGUGGCGAUGCUCAACAGAUGCAGUUGUACAUAUUUGAAUGAAGGACGGAGAAGGUCCAUCAUAUCCACAGUUGUCCUAAACAUUAUUCCUGUCCCAGAGGCUUUAUGGGACUGAAAGUACAAGCUUCAUAGAGGCAUGAACAGGUGAACACUUUAUGGAGAAAGGUGCAGAUUGGCCAUAUUGAGCACACACAGACUCUGUGCGGGUAUUUUUAAGAAUAAAAUAUAACACUUUCAAAUGAUAAGCUGAAUUAAUUGUCCAGAUGUAUAGGUCUGGUGUUGUUAAGGUGUCCUGCUCAGAAUCGGUGUAUCACAUGCAGGAAAGUGAACAUCGGCAACUUGAUUGACUGAUUGAUCGGCAGUGUCUGCUUGGGCUUGAUUUCUCAGCAACAUCCUUAACGCUUUGCACAUCUGAUUCAGUUGAUUUUUUUUUAGGUGGAUAGGGAACAAGUUUGACAUUGUCUUAGAAUCUUCACACAAUCUGAUAUGCCCUGCUUCUACACCUAUCAAACGGUAUCCUCAUUUCUUCUUGUUUUUUUAUUGUGUGUGUGUGUGUGUGUGUGUGUGUGUGUGUGUUUAUGAGGGGUUUUUUUCUGUUUUUGUGAACACAUUGGGGAGUGGACUAAUGGUUAUUUGGCAACUGGAGACACCUACCAUGUUUCUAAUUAAAUGGUGAAGAUGACUGUGACUCAAGUCUCAAUAUUUACAUUUUGAAAAACUGACAUGCACCUUUUGUCACUUGUAAUUAAUAAAUAUAAUGAUUUUAACUUUAAAGGGUCAUGUGCCAUUUU